AUGGAAGAGAUGAUGUAUGGAUUGGAGAUGACGAGGUUGGAGCUCGAGCAUAAACGACAAAAGGCUAACAUGAUGACCAAACUCCACAGUCUAUUAGCAGAGAAGAAGGCACUCGGCAAGCAGGAGCCAUUCGACGCAGACCGAUUGCAAUACAUUGACGAACAGAUCUGA